AUGGCUUUUCUUCUCUUUUGCUCUCCCCUGUCCCCCUCUCUGCAGGAAUGGGAGCUGGUGGUGCUGGGGAAGUUGAAGUGGAACCUUGCAGCCGUCACCCCACAUGAUUUCAUUGAACACAUCCUAAGGAAGGUGCCUCUCCCUAAAGACAAGUUGCUUUUGAUCCGGAAGCAUGCACAAACCUUCAUCGCCCUUUGUGCCACAGAUUUUAACUUUGCCAUGUACCCACCAUCAAUGAUAGCAACUGGAAGUGUGGGAGCAGCCAUCUGUGGCCUUCAGCUCGAUGAUGGGGACAGCCUCACGGACCUCCUGGCCAAGAUCACAAACACAGAUGUGGACUGCCUUAAAGCUUGUCAGGAACAGAUUGAGGCGGUGCUCGUGAACAGCCUGCAGCAAGUCCGGCAGCAGCAGCAGCAGAGCAACCCCUCCAAGACAGUGGAUGAACUGGACCAGGCCAGCACUCCCACAGAUGUGAGAGACAUCAACCUGUGAGGACAUCGGCACACAAAGUCACGCUUGCUCCCCCAGCCCCUUUAUUUUUGUUAUUAUUUUUAGAGUGAAUUUUUUUUUAAUCUGCUCCCACAUAGAACAUAUUUAAAGCUCUUUUAGGUAUAAAGAAAAACAAAAAAAAAAGUACAAAAACUGAAUAAUGGAAAAAAAAAAAAAGCAUUUGGUGCCUGUGAUGUUCUACAGAAGGGAAUCCCACAAUAUAUUUGGUAAUUGCUAUUUGAUUAUGUAUCAGUGGUAUUAAAUGCUUAUAAAAGCAUACAAAGUAGCUAGAUCAAUGUAAGCCUGCAUUUGUGGGAACAAAGUAGAGUAUACUUGUCUGUGUAUUAUGAACUAGUGCAUACACCCCUUUUUUAGAUUUAAGAAAGGAAUCGUGUGUGCGAUUUUGUGGCUUGACUAGAUUG